AUGUCUCCAGACUUUGCCCAGUUCCCUGGGGGCAAGAUCAUCCUGCGGGAGGCCACUGCUCUUGUCUCUACGAGAGCAAUAAGCCAGACACACCACUCACAGGCCUCCCAGGGCCUCCUCCCCCUGGAUAAACCAGAUCAGUUGCCCCCCACCUUCCUCCAGGGUAGAAACGGGGAGUCUGCUGCCUGGAAUGCUCAGGGCCAAGCUCCAAGCCUCUCACCCCCCAGCAUAGAGUCCCAGCCACCCACUUGGCCACACCAUGACACAGGAGCAACUCAGAAGCCCCUGAGAGUUUCAGGGGGUAGCCUAAGAAACCCAUGGAGCAGUGAGAGUGGCUUGCUGAGCCUGCAACAGUCCAGCUUGGGGAAAUGCAAUGACAGUGACAUCAGCCUGUUGAGCAGCGGAUAUGCAGGGGAUGAGGAGAACAGUGAGGUCAGCCUGUUGGGCAGCACUCCAAUCUUGAGGUUGCAGAGAAGGCUCCUCACCCAGGCCGGCAGCACCCCAACCAGCCAGCUGUGUGCUCUCUACUCGCCCAGCCAGAUAAGGAACCAGCUUGCCAGCCAAGCCCACAGCGUCAAGCAGACUGGAGGGGAAAAGUGA